UUAGAAAAAAGUUAGGUUAUAAAUUUUAACUAAGAAAAAAAUAUCAUUUUAUUAAUUAUUAUUUAACUAAAAUAGUUUAAACAGCAAUGACCGCUCAUGGAAGUGUUGAAAUAACCGAUCCUGUGGAAGAGAUGUUAAAAAAGACCGGUUGUAUAAACCUUCAUUACAAAGUACAGGAAUGUAUUGCUGAAACUCAAGACUGGCGAAAAUGUCAAGUUCAAGUAGCAGAGUUUAAAAAGUGUAUGGUAAAUUAUACCCAAAAACAACAAUCCCAAGAAUCAAGUUAAUAAUCCACAAUGAAAUCU